ACUGGGUAACACUUAUGUUUAGAACAUUGAAAAAAUGACAACUCAUUCAAGUUUGAUUCCAAAGCGAGCUUCGUAAAUAGACUAGACGUAAACGUCACAAGUUGAAGUAAAUAAAAACAAAGUGAAUUGGGGGUAUUUUGGCAAUAUUUUAAUAAAAUAUCCCACUUUUUAAAAUGUCUGGAGAAGACUGUGAUGCUUUUGAUCGAGGAGAUAACGACGGACAGAAGCCAGAUAAAAUGUUUACUUUGAAAAAGUGGAACGCUGUAGCCAUGUGGAGCUGGGAUGUGGAGUGUGAUACCUGUGCUAUUUGCCGCGUCCAAGUUAUGGAUUUGACUAUUUUUUAA